AAUGAUCUUGAGUCAAAAGCUGACUAUUAUACAUUUAUUGUAUAAAUUCGUUAAACCGCGAGAAAUCAGAUGAUCCCUGAAUCUGGUUCUACUCCGUAACUACAUCUUUAUAUAUCCCCAAACCUGGUCAAUUCUCUCACACAUUAUUUUCUCUUUCUCUCUCUGCUUUCUCUGCUACAAAGAAGAGGUAAAAGGUAACUAACUGCGUUCUAGUACACAAACCAAUCACUUGCUUGCAGAGGCAAGAAGAAGAAUAGAGCAAGAGAAAUUGGAAUGGAAGGCAGAGGUGGAGGAGAAGUGAGAAGGCUUCACAUCAUUUACUUCCUUAGUCAGAUAGGUGGUCGUGCAGAUCAUCCUCAUCUGAUUCGUGUUCUUCAUCUUGCUCGAAAUGGGGUUUAUCUAAGAGAUGUAAAGAGAUGGCUUGGGGAAUUGAGAGGAAAAGACUUGCCAGAUGCUUUUUCUUGGUCCUACAAGAGGAGGUACAAGAGUGGAUAUGUGUGGCAAGACUUGUUGGAUGACGACCUCAUAACCCCCAUCUCUGACAAUGAAUACGUCCUCAAAGGAUCACAAAUCCACCCUACCCCAUUUGCAACAACUCCUUCACUUGAUGAAAAGAAAACUACUGUUUGUGAUAUCCAUGCUGAGAAGAAAUGUAGUCAAGUACAAACUAUAGAGGACAAAAACCAGCAGCCGCCUCUAGCAGAAGAAGAACCUCGAAUUCAACGAGACUUGGAUUUGAAAACGGAUACUCCGACAAAAGGGUCAUCAGAAAUCAGCCAGGACUCAUCAUUGGUCUUCAGCUCAGACAGGUCAUCUGUGACAGAUGAUGACUCUUCAAAGGUCGAAGAAGAGAAGCAUUUAGAGGCAACAGGCAAAGACGGCUUCAACGAAAUCAACCAAGAGAAGUUAGAGGAUUGCUCAUUGCCUUCCUUGUAUCACAAUCUGUUGAGUAAGAAGGCUAGCCACAAAGAUGACCUGAAUAAAACCAACUCACCUGAUUCAUCCUCCUCCACUAUAUCAUCAUCUUCAUCUCAAUCCUCCUUUACUAAGAUCAGGAGCAAUUCUGCCAGAGUUUCUAAUGUGUUCCGCAAUUGGAUCACUUGUGGCACUGUGGAAACAAAUGAUGCAGCCCUGGUCCAAAUGAACCUGGCUCAAAAGAAUUUAUCUAAGGAACCUAUCAACAUACCUGAAAGAAGGGCUGAGAUUUGUAAGGGAGACAAAUUGGGAGGAUCAGCCAGGUGUUUUGCGACUUCUUGGGGUCAUCAUCACCAGAAACAACAAUAUGGGGCAAGAAAAAGCUUUGAUGGAAAUGAAACUAGCAGGAGCAGGAAAAAGUUAGGGGAGUUGCUAAAUCAAACUUCUUCCAAACCAUUUGGUGGACCAACCUGCUCGCAAUGCGGGAAGUCGUUUAAGCCUGAGAAAAUGCACAAACACAUGAAGUCUUGUAAAGGAAUGAAAGCCUUGGGAAAGUCCUCCACAACUGUUGAGGAGGCACAGCUUCAGGGAUCAUCAGCUUCUUAUACAGAUUACUUUUUGACCAACUAAAUAAAUGUGAAUACAUUGGGUUAAUUAAUGCCUUGGCUUUCAUAUCAGAAGAAGGCAUUUAGCAUUUAAAUUUUGAUGUAGCUUCUCACUUGGUCUAGUGUCCUUAUAAAAAAGUCUUUCUUUCUAUCA